CUGUGGAGGCAGAGCCCCAGUGACUGGACGCCCGAGGCGGAAGGGCCCAGACCGCUUUGCUCCCUUAGUUGGCCCUUCCGGGAGCCGCCUGGUUUCUAGCGCAGGAAGGGGAAGGGGCCAGAGCUGGGGGAGGCGUGGCAGGAAGGGGGGAACUCUGUGGUCAGGGAGCUGCUCACCAGCACAGCUGCGCCGGCCCUCAGCUGCGCUCCGCCUGCCGCCCCUCCGCCCGCCCAAGAUGAUUCCCACGGCGCUCCUGCUCGCACUCCUUUUGGUUGGACAAGCAGAGGCCCUGGGAGAGCCUCAGAUCUGCUACAUCCUGGAUGCAAUCCUGUUUCUAUACGGGAUCAUCCUAACCCUGCUCUACUGCCGACUCAAGAUCCAGGUGCGAAAGGCAGCUGUAGCCUAUCAGAAGUCAGAUGGCAUUUACACGGGCCUGAGCCCCCGGAACCAGGAGACUUAUGAGACGCUGAAGCAUCAGAAACCAACAGAGUAACUAGGACAGAUGCCCUUGGUCACGUCCUCCUUCUGCUCCAGUUCCCACCCAGUCCCAUGGUUGACACCACAUAUGCCUCCCGCCAUUAAUGCCGCAGACCUCCCCUGUAAAGACGCUAUGCCCCCAUGGAUGGACCCAUUGGUUCCUCCUCCCUGCCCCAGGCCUGUGCUCAGAUCCUGCUCAUUAAUGUGCAUAUUCUAGUCUCCCCUGACCUCCCCCAACCGCCCCCCCUCCUCCCUCCUCCCAGUUCCCACCAGGCAAUGGGACGGGAGCAGCACCAAUAAAGCUGCCUCAGACUGGGCUCCA